UUAGAGAAACACUGGUCUUUUUCUUUUUCCUGUAAAUCCGUUUGCUCGUUUUCAGCGCCCUCUCGUGGCGAUUCGAAAAUAUUACUGCACGUCUCUACCUGCCACUGACAGUGGUCACUUUAUUCGUCGACAAAAUGCCUCUGACAUUAUUAUCCAGGCUUACUAAGAUACAACCUAUGAGGGUGAAGUUCAAUCUGGCGGCCUACAAACUGAGUUGCAGCGGCGGGCUGACGGUUGAACACGACCGAAAGAACCGUCGCUUCACCGUUUCUACGAGAGGCGGAACCGGAGUCAGCCAGAGGGCAGUACUCAUCUACAGAUUUACAGCAGUGGACGAGGUGGAUCUCGUGUCCACCUUUGUCCCAGAGGCUUGUAGAGGUCAAGGUGUGGCAGCACUAUUAUCAAAGGCCGCCAUUGACUUUGUGCAAGAGGAGAAGCUGAAGGCUCGGGUGUCCUGCUGGUACAUCAAGAAGUACAUGGAAGAACACCCUCAGCGAAAUUAUAAAAAUCUUCAAACUACAUGACAACGUUAAUAUGUGGAUCUUCACAUCAGAAGAUGCGGUGGUCAAAUGGCUUAGGACUGAGAGAGAGCAACCAAAUUCAAGUUUUAUAUAAAUUGAUUAUUACAUGAAUAUACUGUACAGUGCCCUCCAUAAUUGUUGGCACCCCUGGUUGUGUUUUUUAGCUUCUAAUAUUUUUUUUUUAAAUUCAAAUAAUAUGGGACCUUAAUGGAAAAAAAGAGAAACAUCCAACCUUCAAUACAAGUGCAUUUAUUCAGUGGGGAAAAAAUCCCACAUAAAGAAAUAAUUAUUUGACAUCAAAUAAUGUGUGUCACAAUUUUUUAUAUAAAUUGAUUAUUACAUGAAUAUACUGUACAGUGCCCUCCAUAAUUGUUGGCACCCCGGUUUUGUUUUUUAGCUUCUAAUAUUUUUUUUUUAAAUUCAAAUAAUAUGGGACCUUAAUGGAAAAAAAGAGAAAAAUCCAACCUUCAAUACAAGUGCAUUUAUUCAGUGGGGGAAAAAAAAUCCCACAUAAAGAAAUAAUUAUUUGACAUCAAAUAAUGUGUGUCACAAUUAUUAGCACCCCUGGUGUUAAUACUUUGUACAGUUGAAGCCUGGGACCGUGUGCUUUGGUCAGAUGAGACCAAGAUUGAGCUUUUUGGCAACAAACACUCUAAGUGGGUCUGGCGUGCCACGAAAGAUGCGCAUGCUGAAAAGCACCUCAUACCCACUGUGAAGUAUGGGGGUGGGUCAGUGAUGCUGUGGGGCUGUUUCAUUUCCAAAGGCCCUGUGAACCUUGUUAGGGUACAUGGCAUCAUGAAUGCUUUGAAAUACCAGGACAUUUUAAAUCAAAAUCUGUUGCCCUCUGCCUGAAAGCUGAAGAUGGGUUGUCACUGGGUCUUUCAGCAAGACAAUGACCAUAAACAUAUGGCCAAAUCUACACAGAAAUGGUUCACCAGACACAAAAUCAAGCUCUUCCCAUGGCCAUCUCAGUCCCCAGACCUUGUUUUGUUGGCAAAAGGGGGUUGUACAAAGUAUUAACACCAGGGGUGCUAAUAAUUGUGACACACAUUAUUUUAUGUCAAAUAAUUAUUUCUUUAUGUGGGAUUUUUUCCCCCACUGAAUAAAUGCACUUGUAUUGAAGGUUGGAUUUUCUCUUUUUUUCCAUUAAGGUCACAUAUUAUUUGAAUAAAAAAAUAUAUAUAUAUUAGAAGCUAAAAAACACAUCUUAACCAGGGGUGCCAAUAAUUAUGGAGGGCACUGUAUGUACAUGUUAAUUGUUAAUAUGUUUAAUUGUUGGUUUAUUGCCUUUUGUAAUGGUUCUUUCAUGUGUAUACAGCUGUAGAAAAUCACAAGUUUUUUAAUUUUAUGUAAUAAAUUAGUUUUUUUAAAUUAUUUUUAUUUCUGUAAUUUAUUUAACAGGUACUUCUCAUUUCCACAUAGUUCAGCUCAUUUAAGUGCAGUUUUGUUAGGUUUGAGCAGGUUUAUGUAAAUAAGAUGACAAAAGAUAAACUAUGACAAUGGAUGGCUAAUGUACUGUAGUAGCAUGUAUUUAUUAGCAUCUUGCUGACAUCAGUAGUGGCAGAUUACACAAGCAAGUAAACCCAACAUGCAUCCUU